AUGCUGCAGGUUGGAGGAAUCAUUAAUGAACUUACUUCAAUUGUUGGUCCUAAGAAUAUCUCCUCCGCUCAAGCAGUCAGAGACCAGCAUGGCAAGGACGAAUCAUAUCACAGUAUUCGGUCACCUGACCUGGUAGUAUGGCCAGGUAAUACAGAGCAAGUCAGUAAUGUGGCCAAGUUAUGCAACCAACACAAGAUCGUGAUGAUACCAUUUGGGACUGGAACGGGUGUAGAAGGUGGCGUGGCAGCAUUGGAGGUAAAGAUCACCUCGAUAUGAACACUUCUUUUCCCUGAAUCUUCUAGUUACAAUAUCUUUCUAUGAGUCAAUUUUCCAUCGUCUGUUCUUAGUUAAAUAUCUAAACCAUCUCAUUUUUGCUUCUUCUACUCUUGACUAUGCUUUCUACUCCAGCUCUUCUUCUAAACUUCUUGUUUGUAAGAUGUUCACAGAGUGAUAAUCCUUGCAUCCUUUGUAAUAUUCUCAUCUAAUUCGUCCUCUCUAAAUAAUACAGUACUAGUUAGUAUUAGUUUCUUCCUGUAUUAAACUGAUCACUGAACCUCUAGGAAGAACAGUCUAGAACUGACAAAGUUAAGUAAAGUUAGUUUAGGUUUCCUCCUUUAGUACCACUGAAUCAAUAAGGGAUGAUCUUUACUGGACCUCUAGGAAGAACAGUUUAGAACUGAUAAAGCUAUCCAGUAUUAAUAAAGUUAGCUUAGUUUAGGUUUCCUCCUGGAGUAACACUGGAUUAAUAAGAGAUGAUCCUCACUGGACCUCUAGGGAGAACAGUUUAGAACUGAUAGAGCUAUCCAGUAUAAAUAAAGUUAGUUGACUUCCUAGUUACUUGGUAUUUUUCCCAGGGUGGUGUAUGUAUUGAUCUAUCAAGAAUGGACGAGGUUGUGAGUGUGAACCACGCAGAUAUGGAUGUGACGGUUGAACCUGGUGUGACAAGAAACUUUCUCAAUACAUAUCUUAGAGAUUCUGGUCUGUGGUUUCCCAUUGGUGAGUUAUUAAGAAAGUUUCGUUUGUCACCAAGUCAUUAGUUCCACUCGAGUGCUCAGCAAACAAAGAAAUACGCUUCGGUACGAUACAGUUGGAGUGGAAACGGCCUUAAAUUGGGUAAAUUUGACUGAAUUCAUAGUGAUACGAACAUUUAUUAAAAGGGUCUAGAGAACUGAACUGACUCCUGAAAAUUGACUGACAAUCUUCAGUGGUAUGUAGCUAACAAACGAUGAAACAGUAAUUUGAAACUGACAUCUCACUAAUUACCUUAGAGUGGAAAUUCACUGACUACACUGCCCGUAGUUUUGGCAUAUUACAAAAUAUCUUUGAGUUCCCAAUUAGGACCCCUUUUCUGUAUAAAUUCCAAUAGAAAUAGUAAACUUACAUUCCUAGACCCAGGACCUGAUCCAUCAUUAUGCGGAAUGGCCGCAACAAGCGCCUCUGGGACUAAUGCGGUUAGGUAAUGUAUAAAUUAUCAUCUUUCCGUUAAGUUUACAUCAAACUUCUUUUCAGAAGAUCAUACUACAGGAAGAAACCGGAAUACUAGGAGAAAAGCUGUGAUGUUUGGUAGUCAAACUGGAAGCACACUUCUCACAUGUGACUGACGUGAAAUUAUAAUCACACAACUGCGUAUUGCAGGAAUCAAACUCUGGUGGUAAAGGUAUCUAUAAUUUCUGUCAUGCUAGGUAUGGCACAAUGAAAAAUAAUGUAUUAAACCUUGAAGUUGUCCUCGCUGAUGGCUCGAUCGUUCACACUGCAGGAGAAGGAAGACGUUCUAGGUAUCGUUAAGCCUCGCAAAUUUCUGAAAUCAAAGUAAACCGCAGCGUCAUCACACGUAAAAAUCUCACAACUUGUCAACAAGAUGUGUUCGCAACAGGCUUGUAGCAAGCUUGUCAACAAGUUGUAACAAUGCUGUUAUUUUAUCAAGUUGCUACAAGGUUGUCACUCACAACUUGUUGACAAAUUGUUGAAUUGCAGGACGAUAACAAGUUGUUGGAACAACUUCUAACAAGUCUGUUGAGCUUAACAACCUUGUGGCAAGUUGUCAACAAGCCAUGGCAACUUGUCAACAAGCUGGGAACAAGCAGCGCCAACACAUCCUGUUGACAAGUUGUUAGAACAGCAUUGCUACAAGUCUGCUGCAUGAUUAGAACUUGUGUGUUUUACGUGUGGCAUUGUUGGGAUAAAAUAAGCAAAGAAUUGAAAGCUCAAUAAAAUCUUUGAGAUGCAGGAGAGCUAAUAUCUAACUUCUUCUAUCCAGAAAGAGUUCUGCUGGUUAUAAUUUAACAAAUUUAUUCGUUGGUUCGGAAGGGACUCUUGGUAUUAUCACCAAGGCAACACUGAAGGUGUACGGAAUACCAGAAUCGGUAAGAAUAAUCGAGACUCGUCCAAAGAUAAAAUAUCUCCCAACUAUGGAAGCUGCAUUGACUCGAAUACGAUCAAAAUAUUAUUUACUUGUAUAGGCAUUGUCUGCGGUAUGUUGUUUUGACAAUAUCCAAUCUGCUGUUGACAGCGUGGUUGAAGUCAUGUCAUACGGAAUUCCUAUCGCAAGGAUUGGUAAAUAGAAGAAUGAUUUAUGUGGAUGCUUCUGGCUCUUCUUGAGGAAGUUGGUAACGCAGAUCUAAGCUCGAAACAUUGCCGCGUUUUCUAUCUUUUUCGCAAAACAAUAGACAGACAACAAAUUUUCGAAACAAAAUGAGAUUCAUCAGUGUGUGCAAAAUCUUGUAGUUUCAUUUUAAAGCCUGACGUGUUUCUCCGUCCCAAGCUACUAAUAUCCAGAUCAAGGGCCUCGAAGAAUCUCUUGCAGGUAUUUGACUGAGAAGCAAAGCAAUCUAAACAAAAUAUUGUAUUCUUCAGAACUACUGGAUGAAGUAACGAUGGACUCAUUCAACAAAUACUCCAAAGAAUUGAACUACAAAGUCGCACCAACUUUGUUUUUGGAAUUUCAUGGAGGAAAAAAUGAAGUCGAAGGACAAGCUAAGGCAACAGGUUUGCAACUUUAUGAAUGCUGUACUGACUAUACUCAUAAACAAGUCACACGUAGAAACACACAAGUUGUCAUAAACCUGCAGCAGACUUGUAGCAAUGCUGUUCCAACAACUUGUCAACAGGAUGUGUUCGCACUGCUUGUUCCCAGCUUGUUGACCAGUUGUCAACGGCUUGUUGACAACUUGUUACAAGGUUGUUGAGCUCAACAGACUUGUUACAAGUUGUUCCAACAACUUGUUAUCGUCCUGCAAUUCAACGAUUUGUCAACAAUUUGUGAGUGACAACCUUGUAGCAACUUGAUAAAACAGCAUUGUUACAACUUAUUGACAAGCUUGCUACAAGCCUGUUGCGAACACAUCUUGUUGACAAUUACAUAUGUAUACAUAUAUAAUUUAAAUGCUUAAUAUUAAACCUUUCGAAUUUCUGCUAUUCUAUGCUUGCAUUAUGAGGGUAGCAACGGACAUUAAGUAUGCGGAUUAUGUCCAUAUCACACAAGGAUUAAAUCUGUCAAAACUCACCGUUUUCACAGUUGAUAUUUGACAACGUUACGUGCAUCUCUCGUUUCAGGUGAGAUUGUCCAAAGUAAUGGUGGCUCAGAUUUCGUGUGGUCGACGAAGGCUGAAGAGAGAAACAAAUUAUGGCAAGCACGACAUGACGCAUUAUAUGCCGCUCUUAAUUUGAGACCAGGGUGUAAGGUAAGGGCGGGGAGGGGGGAGAUAUGUCACGUGCAGCCUCGUACCGCUCAGAGCUCUGGGUGAGCUAAGCGAGCGGGGCCCAAGAUUCCCCGCGCGCCUAAAAGCUCGCCCAGAGCUCUGAACGCUAUUAACUACUAAAGAGCCUGGGUACGAGGUUGUGUCACGUGGUAAAGCUCGGAUUAAUCGAGGAUGAGAGUUGAGAAGCAAGAGUUUGUAUGAGAGUUUUCUCAACUCUCAUGCCCCGGUCACACGAGAACAAGAGUUGCAUGAGAGUUAAUGAGAGCUGAGAAGCGAGAGUUUGUAUGAGAGUUUUCUCAACUCUCAUGCCCCGGUCAAACGAGAACAAGAGUUGACUGAAGAUUACCACACGUAGUUAAAACUCUUGUCAAAGUUUGAACGAGGGUGUUUUUAAGAGAGCCAUUAUGUAACUUGACGACUUAGUGUUGGACAAUUUGAAUAUCAAACAUUGUUAAAUACAGGUAUAGAAGCACAGAAACAAGCUCAGAGAGUCUGGCAAAGUGUCUUAUUCAUUUUCAUUACAAUGUAAUAAAAAAGGUGUGAAAUACGAAAUUUCAUAAACUCUUUAAUUUAAAAUACAGGAAGGGUGACCCAUUUAGCAGAAUUAAUUCACUGGGAAACCACAGCAGUCUAAUCAAAUCUGUCACCAGUGCCGGCUAGCAAAUGGAUGAGAGUCAUUGAUCAAUCGCAUCACGCCAUCAACUAAGACGGAAGACUUAUCUCUAGAGAGAUGGCAACCUACAAUGACUUUUUUUUCAUUUGCUGAUGAGCUGGGAGGGGUCAUCCCAGGCGCACAGUUUAAUUCUCGCUAAUCACUAUUGAUCAAAAAAGUUAUCAGUACUUGCCUUGCGGGAGAAUUUUUGUAAAUGGAUCUUCUCUGUCUUCAAGGGUCAAUAAGGAUCUCUAGGAAGAAGAGUUUAGAACUGAUAGAGCUGUCCAGUAUAAAUAAAGUUAGUUUAGGUUUCCUCCUGUAGUAACACUGGAUCAAUAAGAGAUGAUCCUUACAGGACCUCUAGGAAGAACAGUUUAGAACUGAUAGAACUAUCCAGUAUAAAAUUAGAUUAGGUUUCGUCCUGUACUAACAAUGGAUGAAUACUUGACGUCUAGGAAGAACUCAGAACUGAUAGACUAUCCAGUAAUCAGUAUAAAAUUAGAUUAGGUUUCCUUCUGUACUACCACUGGGUCAAUACUUGACCUCUAGGAAGGACUUAGAACUGAUAGAGCUUGAUCCAGUAAUCAGUAUAAAAUUAGAUUAGAUUUCCUCCUGUACUAACGCCGGAUCAAGUAUUGACCUCUAGGAAGAACUUAGAAGUUAGAACUGAUAGGGCUAUCCAGUAUAUUGAAGUUAGUUCAAAACCUUUACUAAAUGUUGGCAGGUCGAAGGAAAAAUCAUCUCCAUCUCUCAAGAGUGAAUUGGGGAGGGACAUCCGAGGAGAGGGAAUAAAAAAAAGUUAUUCAUACUUGCCUUAUGGGGUGAAGUUGUGUAAGUGGAUUUUCUUGUUUGCCUUCUAGGGUUUGGUGACGGAUGUUUGUGUCCCUAUAUCAAAUCUGCCAGAGAUUAUCACGAAAACAAAAGAAGAUAUUGGCAACCUUUCAUUAAUAGGUGAGCACAUGAUUCAUACAAGGGAUGGUUUAGAAACUCAUCAGAAUAACAACUCAUUGUCUAUGUUAGUCAACGUUUAUGCAAAAUAUGCUCCUUCAUCGUGAAGUGCACAUUGUAUUUUUGCCAAAACCACCAAUUGCAAUUUUUAAGUUACCCAAUUGUUCAGGUCACGGAUUGCUAACUUCUCUAAAAGAAUGUGUGAAAAAUCCUUAACUGGAAAGCAGCCUUAAACUUAAACAUAGAUAACGAGUUAUAUAACCAGGGACGGUUCGUACAUGUUAGGAAAAGUCCAAUUCAAGGAUUUUUUAAGGACAUUCAAGGCCAUGUAUCAGCAAAUUCAAAGACUUAAAUACUGAAGGCGUUAGAAAUUCAGACGUUGAAUUGUUCAAAACGCAUCUUAAUGAAUUUCAAACAGCUUUGUCAGAUAUGAACAUGCAAAAUCAAUUCAACAAAAUGUCCGUUUUGAAUGCCAAACAAUUUCAGGAAAUAUCCAUAAACUAAAGCAAGGAUAAUUUAAGGACUUUCAAGUGCAUCUUUACAAAUUUAAGGACUUGAAUUUUUGUUUUCAAAUUCAAGGACUUUGAAGAUUUGUUCUUAAUGACUUGUGAAAAACAUCACGUAUAUGUAUCAUUGCCAAGUUUCACGAACCGUAAGCCCGAAUCUUAAUCACCUCAUCGGCGCCAAUAAUAAAUGACUUGUUUAAUUCACACGCCUUUUUAUGAAGAUCCUUAUUGAUCCAGUGUUACAACAGGAAGAAACCUAACUAAGUUUAUUUAUACUGGAUAGCUCUAUCAGAUCUAAACUGUUCUUCCUACAGGUCUAGUAAGGAUCAUCUCUUAUUGAUCCAGUGUUGCUACAGGAGGAAACCUAAACUAAACUAACUUUCUUUAUUCUGGAUAGCUCUAUCAGUUCUAAACUGUUCUUCCUAGAGGUCCAGUAAGGAUCAUCUCUUAUUGAUCCAGUGUUGCUGCAGGAGGAAACCUAAACUAAACUAACUUUAUUUAUGCUGGAUAGUUCUAUCAGUUCUAAACUGUUCUUCCUAGAGGUCCAGUAAGAGAUCAUCUCUUAUUGAUCCAAUGUUACUACAGGAGGAAACCUAAACUAAACUAACUUUAUUUAUACUGGAUAGCUCUAUCAGUUCUAAACUGUUCUUCCUAGAGGUCCAGUGAGAUCGUCUCUUAUUGAUCCAGUGUUACUACAGUAGAAAACAAAAAUAGCCGAAGAAAGUCUGUGGUGUGUGGUCAAAUUGGUAGCAUUCUUCUCACAUGUGAGAAGACAACACAUCGAACGCAAUAACAUACUUUAUAAAUUCAAUGUGGAAUUUUAAUUUUAUGAUAAGAAUAUAAACAGGAUCUGUUUUUUCCUAGCGCCACUGGUAGGUCAUGUAGGUGAUGGGAAUUUUCAUCUUCUGGUUUUGUUUGAUCCAAAUGAUGCAGAGGAGAAAGCCAGAGCAAAAGAUCUGACUGAAAGAGUCGCAAGGUACGACAUGUUUACUAUUCCCAGAGUCUAUUGUUCCCUCCUCCCCGUAGUCAUUAAGAAAUCUGCAGUUACAGACUUCCUGUUAGGUAGUGCCGGUCAAGAAAACAUGUCUAUUUUUACAGCGAAAAACCCUACGUUUUUCACACAUGUUAUUGUAGGAAAUUCAGGGUGUGAUAAUUCGCGUACUUACGUACUGGAGGUACGCCAAUAUUACGGUCUGGUAAUUCUUUGUUUUUAGCCACGUACCACGUAGGUACUCGGAACUCUUGCUACAGUAUCGCGGCGUAUUUACUUUUUGCUUCUGCCAUAUAUGACCUUCCCAAACCCAAGUAUUCAAAACCGAAAUUAAGUCGGUACAUGUCUCACAUGCCUUGCCCUGAAACAUGAUUGGACUAUAGGCAACGUUAGAGUCGAUUGUAGUGUUUGUAUAUACAAUUGUGCUGCUUGUUAUAAUUUUUCAAGUUACUAAAUGAACACCUUUCAGAAACAAGUGCUUUGUGUACUUUAAUUGAAAGACUAAGUACACUUUAACCAGCUCAAGUACACAGCAAUAAUCAUUAAGCGUACCAGUCAGGUACGAGUAAAAAUAUUGAAUUAUCUCGCACCUUGGUAGAAUAUUGGAGAGGUUAAUAAGAUACCCCGGUUUCGGUGUACGGGUACGAGUAGUGUCAUCUUGUUUUACUGAUGUCUGUAAUUCGAUCAUACUUUUUCUGUUUUCUUGCAAUAGACAAUGAUAUAAUGCGAAAAAUGUGCACCUUAAUUACGAGUAAAGGUACAGACAUCGACGAAAAUAUUGCUAACCAAAAUCAUGCUACCCGUACACCGAAACCGGGGUAUCUUAACCUCUCUACUAUCUACACUGGACUCUCACAUUUCUGGUAGUUCAGACACCAACCACGGCAGUUUAUUCUAGAAUUCAAACGGUCUGUGCGACCGUAGGUAUAGUGACAAUAACACGAGAAAACUACGGAUUGAACUACUUGAAAAACACAAACUUUCUUCCUGAUGAAGGGAAGUUAGUACUUUGUACUUCCUGUAUGUUUCCAAGGAAGGGCCUGCACUAGAAACGUGCACGUUUUAUUUGUAUUUUACUUGUAGUUGUGUAACCCUCCACAGCUUUCUGAUGUUCCAAUUCCACAUUCGAUCAUCAUGUUCUUGCCUUUUCUUAUCACACGUUACUUAUCUUGGGUGAAACAUUAUAAUAUUCAAAGUGCUAAUCCUGUAUACUACUCCUAGACACGCCCUAGCAUUGGACGGCACGUGUACCGGGGAACAUGGUAUUGGAAUGGGGAAAAUGGAUUUAUUGAAAGAUGAAAUUGGAAGUCCAGGAAUUGAGGUUAUGAAGAACAUUAAGAAAACACUCGACCCACACAAUAUAAUGAAUCCUGGCAAGAUACUAUAUUUAUAAAAUAAAUCCAGCUGGUAUAUGGAGUAUCAACAUACGGUUUUAAAUCAGUCCUAGAAAAUAUAUUUCUCGGGCAACAAAAUCAAAAAAUUCAAAAUUUCCUGGGCAAGUCAAAUUACAAAACUUCCUGCAUAUGUAGAUUUCAGAGAACGUAUCGUCCGCCCAUUGUGAUAAAUUUCAAUCUCGGCACAAAACAAUCUCGACUUGCAAAAUCCUUUUCAAAUAUUUAAACAAGAAGUAAAUUUUAUGAUAUUCCAGCAGAUAAGAUGACAAAAAUUUCUUGCAAGGUGCAAGAAAAUUUCAUGCCAAAAUUUUUUUUAAAUGUCCUAGCAGCGCUGAUAUGUUUCAGCACUGUUUUAAAUAUUUCACCAUAUAUAGUAUUGCUGUAGUAAAACAUGAAUAACGGGGUACAUCAUUGCUAUAAAUAUCCACUGGGGAAACUUUUUGGGACUGCAUUAUGGAAUGUAAAUAUCAUUCGGUUGUUGUUUCUAAAGUUGUUGUGUAAUUAAAUGUUAUUAUAAUGAAAAAAUUUAUUUUAAUAAACAAAAACAUUUAUAAACUUCAAAUAAUUGUAACAAAAUUCAAUUAUGCAACGAAUAUAAAUGUUAGUAAUACAAAAUUAUAUUUUGUAUUUUGUACUGUACAAUGUAUAUAACAUUCUCGUAUUUAUAGUUUUAUAAUUGCCUUUGACUUUGAGUGACGCUGCGGUGUUAGAUAAUUUGUUAGUUCAUACUGUUAUUUAUUUGAUUAACACCAAGCAAGAUGAAUAUUAACUUCCCAGUUCCCAUACAACCCUAGUAGAAAUUCCUAGAGAAACUUCAAAUUCCUAUAGGAAUUUCUAUAGGAAUAAAAUUUCCCAUACGGAUUGGUACAGAAAAUUGCAUUUCCUAACGGAAUUUCUAUAGGUGGUGUGCAAGUUAUGUCACCGUCGCCAUGUUGGAUGACAAAGGAUUUUGCUUGUUUGCAAUGCAAAUAUCAUCCAACAUGGCAAAAAUCUCUUUGUCCUUUGAAUCCCAUGGGAAUGGUUGCACAUCACCUAUAGGGCUAUAGGAAUCGUAGGUACAUCUCUCAGUUCUGUUUAUUUGCCACCAAAUACAAGACUACUACAUAUAAUGAAAAUAAUUUACAUUAAUUUUUCAAUAACCGCAGGUCGACCACCAUAUCUGCUGCACAACAGUGAAUCCAAACUAUAUCCCCUACUUUCCAACCAUUACCUUGUACUUUCCUCUAAACACUCGUCAGUUUGUAGUGUAACAAAAUCUUCAAUUUCUUUGACGAUAAGUGGUGAUAGGAUUAACUUGUGGGCUUUAACAUGAGCUAACAUAUCUGUGAUGUCAGAGCUAAAAAUACCUGCCUGAUCUGUUUGUUUGUAUUCUUGCUCGAGUUCCAGUAACUCAGUUCGAAAUACCCUUGGAGAGUCUUCAAGGAUGAGUGAUUUUUGGACGGUCUUUGAAUGGUCGUUGAUCAACAGUUGCGCACAGUAAAGCU